UGACCUCCUCAGUCGUCGUCUAGACGCGGUCACGGUCGUCGCUUCUACUCGCGGACGAAGAUCUCGAUCGCCGCCUGCUUCCUCCUCCUCCUCGAUCUGUCGCCAGGUUCCCGUCUUCGAUCGGCGAGCGGCCAUGGCGUCGCAGGAGUACCUCGACAAGAUGCAGCUACGGCAGAGCUACCGGAACCUUUGGCACACCGAUCUCAUAAGCACCAUCCAAGCCGACUUCCCCUUUUGCUGUCUCGCGCUUUGGUGUGGACCUUGUGUCUCCUACAUGCUCCGCAAAAGAGCUCUUUACAAUGACAUGUCAAGGUACGUCUGUUGUGCAGGUUAUAUACCGUGUAGUGGAAAAUGCGGAGAAAGUCGAUGCCCAGAGUUCUGCCUUUGCACUGAGGUCUUCUUGUGCUUUGGAAAUUCUGUUGCUUCAACUCGCUUCCUUCUCCAAGAUGAGUUCAACAUACAGACAACUCAAUGCGAUAACUGCAUUAUCGGAUUCAUGUUUUGUCUACAACAAGUUGCUUGCAUCUUUUCGAUUGUUGCAAUGAUUGUUGGAAGUGGGGAGAUUCAGGAGGCUUCCCAGAUACUAUCCUGUAUGUCUGACAUCGUAUACUGGACGGUCUGUGCAUGCAUGCAGACACAACACAAGAUAGAGAUGGACAAGAGAGAUGGUAAGUUUGGACCACUGCCAGUUAUGGCAGUGCCUCCAUUCCAGCAGAUGUCUCGCAUCGAUCAGCCUAUCCCACCUCCUGUUGGGUAUGCCCCUCAGCCUGCUUAUGGGCAACCAUAUGGUUAUCCUCCACCUGGUUCGUAUCCUCCUGCUGGCUAUCCCAAAUAGAAGGUGUCGAUUCGAAAGCCAUUCCAUUUGAUCCUCAAUUGUUGCUGUCUGAUGAUCAACUGAUUGUUGAUAGCUGGGUGUCGUUGCUACUGCUGUUGUUACUGUUGCCAUUGGUUGGGUUCUGUUUUGUCUGCCUUCACAUCCAUCAUUAUAUUUUAAAAUUAUAAAAUACUGCCUCUGGUAUGUUCAGAAAGAAGUUGAAAGUUGUUGCAAGGUAGAAAGAAAUUUAACGUGUCACAGUUAUGUGACACGUAGAAAUGGUUGUUGCUC